AUGGGGAAUUCAUUUGGGUGCUCGGCGUCAGGAGAGAGGCUGAUAUCUGCCGCCAGAGAUGGUGAUUUUGUGGAAGCCAAGAUGUUGCUUGAUUGCAAUCCUUGUCUGGCCAAGUACUCCACCUUUGGUGGCCUCAACUCUCCUCUGCACUUUGCAGCAGCUAAAGGCCAUAACGAGAUUGUGGCAUUGUUGCUAGAAAAUGGAGCUGAUGUGAAUUCCAGGAACUAUUGCGGGCAGACGGCGCUGAUGCAAGCAUGUCGGUAUGGCCAUUGGGAAGUUGUCCAAACUCUCUUGCUCUUUAGAUGCAAUGUUACAAGAGCGGACUAUCUUGGUGGAAGGACAGCUCUCCAUUUGGCCGCACUAAAUGGACAUGUACGAUGUAUAAGGCUUGUAGUGGCUGAUUUUGUCCCAAGUACUCCUUUUGAAUCUGUAAACGCUCAAACAAAUGGUGAUCGAGGUGACAAUUCCAAUAUAAAAAGCAGACAUGAUGAAAGUCCCCUGUCCAAGUUUGUGAAUAAGGCAGCUGAUGGUGGUAUCACUGCUCUUCAUAUGGCUGCAUUGAAUGGAUAUUUUGACUGUGUACAGCUCCUCCUUGAUCUUCAGACAAAUGUAUCAACUGUGACAUUUCAAUAUGGAACGUCAAUGGAUUUGAUAGGAGCUGGAAGCACUCCCUUGCACUAUGCUGCUUGUGGUGGUAAUUUGAAAUGCUGUCAGAUCCUCCUUGCAAGAGGUGCCAGUAGGUUGACAUUAAACUGCAAUGGGUGGCUUCCUCUUGAUAUAGCCAGAAUGUGGGGGCGUCAUUGGCUUGAGCCAUUGCUGGCUCCCAAUUCUGAGUCUGCAAUUCCAGUGUUUCCUCCUUCUAAUUAUUUAUCUUUGCCUCUCAUGAGUGCACUUUAUAUAGCAAGAGAAUGUGGGUUGCAGUGCUCAGCAACCUGUUCCAAUGAUGCUGAUACUUGUGCUGUUUGCCUGGAGAGACCAUGUACCGUAGCUGCUGAAGGUUGUGGGCAUGAGCUUUGUGUAAGAUGUGCACUCUACCUUUGCUCAAGUAGCAACAUUCCUUUUCAGUUAUUGGGUCCCCCUGGGUGCAUUCCAUGCCCUCUUUGCCGACACGGCAUUGUCUCUUUUGUCAAAUUGCCAAGUUCUCCAGCAAAGGAAAUGAAGUUAUCUCUCUCCCUUGGCUUAUGUAAUCCAUGCAUGCUUCAUCCUCGGGAACCCAACAGAUCAACACCAGCUUGUACACCGGAGAUUCAAAAGAAUUGCGUGGCUUCUGUUUCCUCUGAUCUUUUCUGUCCAGUCACUUGUAGCCCAUUUCCUUCUGUUGCCAUCCCUUUAUGCACCUGCAAUGAUGGACCGUGUCCUUCUUUUGAACCCAGAGAGGGUGAAACACAAGAUGAAUCUCCUCAUCGCUCACAAUCCACACUAACAGAUCCUGAUAAACUGCAAGGAGUAAGACUUGAGAAAACAACCUGUUCAAGCAUGUUUUGGGGCAGAAGAAGCGGCACAAGGGAGCAUCAAUGCAAUGCCGAAAUAAAUGCUUGACUAGUUUGGUGACAGAUCUUAUGCUUGUUGCCUUGAGGAAGGAAUGUUGAUAAAACAGUGCAGUCAUCAGCUUCAAUGUUUCAUUCCGCUGCUACCCAACACUGUUCUUCCACGUUCGGUUCUGUUUGACUUGCUGCAAGAUAAUGGAUCCAGGGGUCUGGAGUACUGCAUUUUGAUCACGUUCCAGGUUGCUCAACAACGGUGUGUGAGUGUUGAAGAAGAUUUGAUUGCAAGCAAAUGUCAUCGAUUGGCUGACACUUUUUCUUUGUUAUUUUGGGUUCAUUUAUUGAUGAUUUGUGAAUGUUCUUCUUUUUAUUGAAAGAAGAGACUUAUCGGCAGCUAUGAAGAUUUGGUUUUUGUGUGUAUCCGAGGCUUAACAGAUUUGCAAUCUAUAGUUUUCCCAAAACAGAAGAUGUGGAAGGGUUUUGUUUGGUCUGCA